UCAUAAGAAUCCUUUCCGCACUUCCCGUCUGUUCUGCCUUCACUCGCCUCGCUGAAUUCCCCAAACCCGAACUCGCCGCCGUCCGCAUUGCGACGCCAUUGCCUCCAAAUACGAGGAAACGUCGCGCGAUCUCAGAUCCAGCUUCGUGCCUUAUCCUCGGGGUCACUGAGCAGACCUUUUCCGUGCAAGCAAUGGCGUCAUUUGAGUGGCCUCUUGGGGGGAUGUUUCUUAGGUAGGGCUGCAGCAGGGGUUUGUGAUGGAGAGCGCCUCAAGGGAGGAGAGGCUGCCCCCGGCGCUGCCUCUGGCCACGCUGAUCGGCCGCGAGCUCCGUGGCGGCGGCUCCGAGCGCCCGCUCGUGCGGUACGGCCACUCCGGCUUCGCCAAGCGCGGCGAGGACUAUUUUCUUGUCAAGCCCGACUGCUUCCGCGUUCCUGGGGACCCUUCCUCCGCCUUCUCCGUCUUCGCCGUCUUCGACGGGCACAAUGGCGUGUCGGCGGCGGUGUUCAGCAAGGAGCACUUGCUGGAGGACGUCAUGAGCGCCGUGCCGCAGGGCAUCAGCCGUGAAGACUGGCUGCAGGUGCUGCCUCGCGCGCUUGUCGCGGGCUUUGUCAAGACAGACAUUGACUUCCAGCGCAAGGGGGAGAUGUCAGGGACGACGGCAACCCUGGUCGUCGUUGAUGGGUUCACUGUUACGGUAGCAUCGGUUGGGGACUCCAGGUGCAUCCUGGACACUCAGGGUGGUGUGGUCUCGCUGCUAACUGUGGACCACAGGCUGGAGGAGAAUGCAGAGGAGCGGGAGCGUGUCACAGCGAGUGGAGGUGAGGUCAGCCGGCUGAACCUCUGCGGCGGACAGCAGGUGGGUCCUCUCCGAUGCUGGCCAGGUGGAUUGUGUCUUUCACGAUCAAUUGGAGAUACCGAUGUUGGGGAGUUCAUCGUGCCAAUUCCACAUGUCAAGCAAGUGAAGCUUUCAAAUGCUGGAGGUAGGUUAAUAAUUGCAUCAGAUGGAAUAUGGGAUGCAGUGUCCUCGGAAACUGCAGCACAGGCUUGCCGGGGAUUACCUGCAGAACUGGCUGCAAAGCUGGUCGUUAAGCAAGCUCUGAAGACAAGUGGUCUUAAAGAUGACACAACCUGCGUAGUUGUUGAUAUCAUCCCAUCUGACCAUUGUUCAACACCGCCACCAUUAUCUCCAAAUAAAAAUCAGAACAAGUUGAGAUCCCUUCUUUUUGGUAGGAGGUCCCAUAGUUCUGUUGGGAAGCUUGGUAACAGAAAAAAGUCUGCUUCCUUUGGUUUUGUGGAGGAAUUAUUUGAAGAGGGCUCUGCAAAGUUGGAAGAAAGGCUGGGUAGGAAUUCCCCAUCAAAAGCUAAAUUCCCCCCAUUUCGCUGUGCGAUCUGCCAAGUGGACCAAGUGCCAUUCGAAGAUCUAAUGACAGAUAAUGGAGGUGGUUACUGUUCUGCCCCAUCAACACCUUCGGCUGGUCCUUAUCUUUGUUCAGACUGUAAGAAAAAGAAGGAUGCGAUGGAAGGUAAAAGAUCUAGCCCCUCGACUGUAUGCAGUUGAAAGUAUCAAUUGGACCGACUGGUCUGUAUCCAUGAAAUCUAGGUGUGGUUUGGUUUUCUGAUCUUUGUAAAAAGAGGAGAAUAAUCUGUUUAUUGCUGGAUUGAAGUAUUAUUCAGUGAAACUAACUGUACUCUAGCCUAAGCUGAACAAAUAGGGCUACUAACAAGCUUGAUGUCUAUCAGUGCGGAUUAAAUUUUCAUUCGCUCUGAGAAGAUGGCUCCAGAAAUUUAAGACCUGUUUUUCUGUACCUUUAGCCUGUAAAGUGAAAUGGCCUGCUUAAAAAUCUUUGAGAAAGCAACGGCAAGGCUUCUCAUUUCUGCUUUGGAACGUAUUUUGUACGGAACCAAAUGGAUUAAGGUUUGAUGCUAUCCUUACUGAA